GUUUGCCACCAGGAAGGGGGGAUUACUCGCCGUCGGGGGCUCUCUCCUCCUUUCGUUCGGCCGGUUUCCAAGGUGCUCUGUGUUGCGGCCAGGGGCUUUCUCGUGCUGCUGCUGGACGACGCUGAAUGCCUGAGAGCAUAUAUCAAAAACACAUCAGGAGGAGAUCCCCCGCCGUCCCUGGCAUCUUGAGGAGUUCUGCCGGCCACAAGAUGCCAGAAAUUGAUUGGAAUUCGGAGAACACUCGAGUGUUGUGUGUGUUGUUUGCCGAACAAGUUGAAAAAGGAAAUCGGCCAAACACACACUUGAAUGCACUUGGUUAUGCUGAGGUUGAGAAGGGGUUCAAGGAAAGGACUGGAAUUGUGGCUACCAAGGGUCAAAUCAAGAACAAAUGGGACAAAUUGAAGGAAGAUUUCAAAGCAUGGAAGAAACUAAUGCUAAGGCAAACAGGGACUGGUUGGGAUCCUAUAAAGAAGACUAUUGCUAUGGAUGAUGAAUGGUGGAAAAAAGCUAGAGCUGACAUUUCGGGUUAUGGCAAGUUCAAAAAGAAGGGCCUUGAGAAUGAAGAUGAAUUAGCCAAGUGUUUUGCUGACAUUACUACUAUUGGUAUUGAUCAUGGGUCUCCUCAUAUUGUGAAUGUUGAAGCAACCGAAAAUGUUGAUGUGACACAAGAUGAGGCAACCAAUUUUGAGCCAGAAGGUGAUGACUUCAUUCCUAAAACACAAGAGGAGGAUAUUGGUAUUUCUCCUUCACCUGCGAGUGGCAAGAGACUGGCAAGGCCUGUUGACAGGAGUGGUAAAAAAGCGAAGUCUGGAAAUGCAUUCCUAAUUCAAGAAGCAGUAACAAGUAUGGCAAGUUCAGCUAAUGAAUAUGUUUCGAAGAGAUAUGGAAAAUAUUCUAUUGAGGAAGUGAUGGAGGUUGUGAUUGCUUGUGGGGCCGGCUAUGAUAGCAAUGAACAUUACAUGGCGUCUGAACUGUUUGUGAAGAAGGAGCAAAGGGAGAUGUUCAUGACCUUGCCUACUAAUGAGAUUAGAUUCAAUUGGCUUAGGAGGAAGUACAAUGAUAAAUAUGAAAAAUAGAAAUUGGCUUAGUGAGAGUGAUGUCAUUUGUGUAUGCUACUAUUUUAUUUUUGUCGCAUGUGUGGUACAUUUUAUUUUAUUGCAUUUUAUUUAUCUAUGACAGUUGUAUCUUACAUUUCAUUUAUGUCAAUGUUCAC